UUUUGUGUUCAUGUUGGACUAAUUGUCACAAAAGGUGUCUUUUCAGUGAUGUUUCACAGUCUGUGCUUUCGCACGAGUGGGAAGUCGACUUUUGGACAACUGAAAGCCUUGCCAAAAAUGUGAUAGACUGCUUGAUUGUAUUAAAAAUGAUUUUUGUCUUUGCGUCACACUUGGUGAAGCCGGAGGGCUUCUUUUUCUUUCCUCAACACUUGCACUUAAUUUUGAAUAUGAACUGCCUGAUUUAAAGUUAAGAUGCUUAAGUUCUUUACAUGUGACCUUUCUUCCAAUUGAAGACCUGGUUGUUUAAGAGCAGAAUAAAGAUAUUUUCUGACACUUUGAUGAAACCUGUCUGGAUCUUCUGGUGGGAGGAGUUGCCGUUUCCAGACAUUGUUUUGGGUUGUCUGUAUGCAAUAUAAUGCCCCCUGUAUGUCACCCUAUAAAUGCAGCAUUCUUUGUUGUAAUGUUCUUUGUACAACAUAGGAUGCACACUUUUCUUAAUCUCUUGAUGAAAUUUGUUUUUCAGAAUCCCAGCAAAAUUGUUCAAAUCGAAAAAUCAGGCACCUAUCCAGUAAAACAUUGCAUUGUCUGUUAGUAUUUGGUUUAUGAAAUGGAGCCACUCUGUAGCAAAUACAUUUUUGUCUAUGUGUAGACAAAAAUAUUAAUUCAAAAGCUGUAAAGCUGCUUCCGCUGAGAAAAAUGUGUAAAUGCGUUUAUUAUUUUAGACAUCAAACCUUUAUUUGUAAACGGAGUUGAAAAAGUGAAAGAUGGCAAUGUAGACAUCCCGCAGAAACUCUGUGCUGUCAAUCACAACAGCUCUGUCUUCUAAUUGAUCGAUGUACAAAACCCCAACAAAGCUCGAGUAUUGAAGCCCCGCCCUCUUCACUGAUGUUGCAAGUGGUCCUUAACUCUUCUGCGUCCUCCUCCACCAGCCCUACUCGUCCUCACCCCCCUCAGCCCCAAAACACACGUCUCGACUGAGCUCAGCCCCUUCCUACUUUCUGGAGGUUCGGGUUUAUCUGGGAGCCAAGAGGACGUCAUUUAGGAGCUUGCGCGCCUUCAGGUGAACGAAGCCUCCGUUGGACAUUAGGGGGGCGCGAGCCAGGACCGGCGGCUGGGAUUUGAUCUUUUCCGCGUGAAAGUCCGCUUUGAGAGGUCGAGCUAGGAGUCAUGACGACCUUCUCGGCUUUGUGGGUGCUCCUACUGUGCCAGCUUUUGACAUCUUCCUCUGGACAGAGACCAGGCCCCCGAGGAGCUGCUGGGCUACCCGGGCCACCAGGGCCCCCUGGACGGGAUGGCACUGAUGGCAAACCCGGACCUCCUGGAAUGCCAGGGAGAGCAGGCCCAAAGGGGAAAGCAGGAAUACCGGGAACCCCAGGAAAACCAGGCUUGCCAGGACUUCCUGGGGUGGAUGGUUUGACAGGUCCUGAUGGUCCCGCCGGGAAGGACGGACCUGCAGGGGAGGCUGGAGAAUCCGGACCUCCUGGGCCACCUGGACCUCCUGGCAGAGGGAGAGCAGGAGCUCCAGGUUUACCCGGAACUAAUGGCUUGCCAGGCGGAGUCGGACCACACGGAGCUGUGGGUGCUGAGGGUCUUCCAGGACUUCCUGGACCUGCUGGUCCUGAUGGGCCACCUGGUCUUCCUGGUACUCUUCAUGAUCUCAGUGGUGACUUACUGUGUCCUGCCAUCUGCCCCCCUGGUCCUCCUGGUCCUCCUGGGAUGCCAGGAUUUAAGGGACACACCGGCCAUAAAGGAGACAAGGGAGAAGUUGGUAAAAACGGAGAGAAGGGUGACCCCGGUCCGCCUGGUCCACCAGGUUUUCCUGGGACAGUUGGCCUGCAGGGCCCACGUGGUCUAAGAGGUUUGCCAGGUCCAAUGGGAUCUGUGGGAGACAGAGGUCUGCCAGGAUUUAGAGGCAAACCCGGCAUUGUCGGCAUCAUCGGAAAGACAGGUGAUACUGGAGAAAGGGGUCCCCAGGGUUUCAGAGGUCCUAAAGGAGAAAUUGGUAAAAUUGGCCCGAAAGGAGCUGUUGGGGGAGCAGGGCCCAAAGGGGAGCCUGGGAUUCCUGGCAGAGAUGGCAAAGAUGGCACGCCAGGAAUGGAUGGUGAGAAGGGUGAUGCUGGGCGCCAUGGCGUAGUUGGAGAGAAAGGACCCAAUGGACUUCCAGGUCUGCAAGGAAAGGCUGGUGCCAAAGGAUCCAAAGGAGAAGUUGGUGAUGCAGGGAAGACUGGGGAGACGGGACCCUCUGGAGAGCCAGGUAUUCCUGGUGAUAUUGGCAUCCCAGGAGAGAGAGGCAUAGCAGGACCCAGAGGAGUGGCUGGAGGCAUUGGACCUGCAGGCAACCCAGGACCUCAGGGAGUGAAAGGCUUCCAGGGCGUAACAGGAGCUUUGGGAGAUCCAGGUCUUCCGGGUCCAACAGGAAUUCGUGGAGAGUUUGGAGAAAGGGGGCCAGUGGGCGCUUCGGGAGCUAAAGGAGACAUGGGCGUCGCAGGAAGUGAUGGCUUACCUGGAGAGAAUGGAGAACCUGGUCAUUUUGGACCAGUUGGACAAAAAGGAGAGCCAGGGAAACGAGGAGAACUGGGACCCAAAGGUGUCUCUGGGCCACAAGGAGAGCUUGGGGCAAGAGGUCCCCCGGGAAAACCGGGACUAAUGGGCUUCCAGGGAGAGCAGGGUCUUCCUGGCAUUGCGGGAAAGACAGGUGUAGCCGGUAAACUGGCGAGUGAACAACACAUCAGAGAGUUGUGCGGCUCAAUGAUCGAUGAUCAGAUUGCACAGCUGGCUGCUAAUCUUCGCAGACCUCUGGCUCCAGGGAUGGUGGGCCGACCCGGACCCGCUGGACCCCCAGGACAGCCGGGAGUAGCCGGCUCCAUUGGUCAUCCAGGUGCUCGUGGACCUCCGGGAUAUAGAGGCCUGCCAGGAGAACUCGGAGAUCCUGGUCCCAGAGGUGACGUUGGUGAGCAGGGUGACAAGGGAACCAUCGGCAAAGCAAUUGAGGGCCCUGUCGGAGACCAAGGAUACCAAGGUCUUCCAGGAGUCCCAGGAAUUGUUAAAGAUGGCCGUGAUGGCUCACCAGGUGAUCCAGGUGAGUCUGGCGAACACGGCAGGGUGGGUAGGACUGGGCACCAAGGACCUCCUGGAAUCUGUGAUACAUCAGCCUGUCAGGGAGCAUCGGUUGCUGGGAAGUCAUCCAACCCCAAAAACAAUUAAACAUCACUUCCUGCCAACUUUUGCCGUCCACGCCAACAACAAAAGGUGAAAAAAAAUGGAGGAAAGGAUGGAAUUAAAGACAAGAGUGGUCGCAAAAAUCUCCUCUUUUUAUGAAUAUGCAUAUCACAAGAUGGAAGGAAAACAUCAACAAGUGUGACAUUUUGAGAGGAACAGAAGAACAUCAAAAGGUGUGAUGUGACUAACAGCAGCUGGCAGUUAAAAAAAUCAAGAUGCCGUCCAUAAAAAAAAGGUGGAUGCACGGGGGAAAAAAAGACCAGACAUCAGCAUUCCAUCCAGGACGUUCAGAUUUCAAAAAAGUGGAAAAAUGAACAAUGAUGAGAGCUUUGUGUAUAAAAACCUUGUACAUGUUGUCCUUGCCCCCAUUUCUAUUGACCAUGGUCUACUCUGACAACAAGUGUAAACAUGCAGCAUGGCCCAUUGAUGUAGAGCCCAGGUGUUACCUCAGCAUAGAAAUGUUCUGCACAACGGGCCUCUGUAAGGCAGCGGUGUAUGGUACUGUCAAAAAUAAAGGACAAACAAGCAGGUGGCCAGAACAUAUUUGUGUAGAUUAACGCAAGCAAGCUGAAACAUUUUGUCUUUUUUUUUUUUUUUAGCUGUUUAUUUUCUUACUCGGUAACAGUUGAAUCUCUAGAAUCAAAUGCCAAAUAAAACAUGUGGAUGAAGAAAUCAAGACAUUGUAAAAUAAAUUCAAUAACCUUAGGUACAGUUCUUUUUCCUUUUUUUAAGGUUGGAUUCUACGUACAAUGACCACAUCCACUAUGUACUAACGGUGCUGUAACUAUUACAUAAACAAUUUCAUACUAUUUAUUAUUUGUGGGUAACUGUUGUAUGUACAGUAAGAUGACAAGGCGACAUGUUGUAACAAAGAACAAAUAAAGCCACUUUUCAGUAAAAUGUUACUGCUCUCUACAUAUGGACUGAACAACGUGCGUUUUAGAGCAAUAUGAAACAUUAACUGUAAAAUCAAAUUAAUCCAACAGAUAGGAAUACUUGCUACGCCAAUGCUUCAAUAUCUAGUGAAAAUUCACAAACACAGGCAACGCAACAGCAUGUUUUGUGUGGAAACACAGUUGAACUCCAGCCAACAAAUAUUUUGCCUGUUUAUUGUUUGGCGGUAAUAAACAAGCUAUUUGGAAGAAGUCAUUGUUCAAUUAUAUGUUCAAUUGUAUGAUCCAUCUGUGGGUCCUGGCUUUCACAGGAGCUCAACUGUUGACUAAUUAACAUCUGAAAAUCCCUUGUAAGGACAUGGCUCUGACUUCCAAAGUUCUGAGGAUGAAAAUAAACACGAGAUAGAGACAAGUUUUCAGAGAGUAGU